AUGGACGCAUCUCUACGGAGGCUUGUGCUGUCGUUCAACACGGAGGCUUCCAUCGAGGCUUUGCAGCUCAUCGCCCUGUACAAAGACAUGGCAUCGACAAGAAAGCGCAUCCUCAUCAAGCUGGCCUCUACCUGGGAAGGCAUUCAGGCCGCCAAAGUUUUGGAGUCUCAACAUGGCGUUCACUGCAACAUGACCUUGCUGUUCAACUUCACUCAGGCAGUGGCAUGUGCGGAGGCAGGUGUGACACUGAUCUCUCCGUUUGUUGGACGUAUCCUGGACUGGCACGUGGCGAACACCAACCAGAAGACCUUCGAGCCCCUGGAGGACCCCGGUGUGAAGAGCGUGACGCGCAUCUAUGAGUAUUACAAGCGGUACGGCUAUGCAACCGUUGUUAUGGGUGCCUCGUUCCGCAACGUGGGACAGGUGCGAGCCCUCGCCGGCUGCGACCUGCUCACAAUCAGCCCUGCCCUGCUGUCAGAGCUGGCUAACUCAACUGAGCCCAUUGUCCACCACCUGUCCGAAGCAAAGGCCAAGAAGUUGGACUUGAAAAAGGUUGAAGUGGACGAGCCAGCCUUCCGCUGGGAGCUGAACGAAGACCAAAUGGCAACGGACAAGCUGUCGGACGGCAUCCGGAAAUUUGCUGCCGACGCUGUCAAGCUGGAGAACAUUAUCCGUGAGAAGCUCAAGUGAUGACUGCGCAUCUGUUAAAGCCUUGGCAAGUUGAACGACACCUCGGAACGGCCAUUGGCGAUUGGCUCGAUUCGCAUUUCAUGGGCCCCCUCCCAUCAGAUUUUUUUCACUCGGUGUGCCCUUGUGGUGAUAUGCUGGGAGCAAAUUCCAACAAGCAUUGAUAUUUUUAAUGUGACAUUUUAACAACAGAAAGUUUUGCUAUGAUACAUUAAAGCCACGUUUCGCAAUAUACAUGAGACAUGUUUUGUUUGUAGAGAAUAAAAUUAUUUUUUUGUUGGACUUUAAAAA